UAGAGUUCUCGUUCGUUUUCAUCGCUCAUUGGCCACCGCCACAAGUCCAGAACUUCCCCCCUCUCUCUCGCUCGCCGGCGCCCGGCGGCGGUCGAUGGGGUUCAUGAGCGGCGAGGAGGCGGCGGUGACGCCGGCGCCGGUGGCCGUGUACUGGGUGUACGCGGGCAUCUACGAGGCGCUGCUGCGGCACACCACGGUGCUGGACAGGUACAGGCUGCACUCGCGGCGGGAGGAGGAGACCAAGAACAUCGCCUCCAGGAAGGACGUCGUCAGGGGCGUGCUCCUGCAGCAGGCCAUCCAGGUCGCCAUCUCUGUCGCUGUGCUCAAGCUGGAGGGGCGUGGUGCCGCGGCCGCCGGCGACGGCGACGGCCGCGCGGCGGCGCCUGAGCCGUUCCUGGUGGCGGCGGCGCGGUUCGGCGUGGCGAUGCUGGUGCUGGACGCGUGGCAGUACUUCAUGCACCGGCUCAUGCACUCGGUGCCGUGCAUGUACCGGCGCUUCCACUCGUGGCACCACCGCGUGGCGGCGCCGUACGCGUACGCGGCGCAGUACGGGCACCUCGUGGACGGCGUGCUCACGGAGACGCUCUCGGGCGCCGCCGCGUACCUGGCCUCGGGCAUGCCCCCGCGCGCCGCCGCGGCCUUCUUCGCCUUCGCCACCGUCAAGGGCGUCGACGACGACGACCACUGCGGCGUGGCCGCGCCGUGGAACCCCAUCCAGGCCGCGUUCCGGAACAACGCCGCCUACCACGACGUGCACCACCAGCGCGGCGGCGGGCGGCGCAACUUCUCCCAGCCCUUCUUCGUGGUCUGGGACCGGCUGCUCGGCACGCACGCGCCCUACGCCCUGCGCCACAGGGACGGCGGCGGGCUCGAGGUCAGGGCCUUCAAACCGGAUCCGACGCGCUAGGCGCUAGCAGGCUGGCGCCACGCCACGCCAGGCCAGCAGGGCCGGCCUCGGCUACCGUUUAGUUUUGGCUUGUAGCAGCUGUGUCCUGUGUGUGUGACUCUCUCUAGUGCAGUGGCUGUCCACGUCCACCGUGUCUUGUGUAGCAGUAUGUAUAGGUAUCGCGUACAGAAACAAUAAUGUAACUGAUGGAUCCAUCCAGCUUGGAUUCGUCUUUCUGAAUUCUGAUGGUAGCCAUAGGUCCUGUUUAGUUUAGCUUUUCUGAGACUGGUUUAUAAGUUGAGCAUGAUUUUCUGAUG